AUGCCUUCCGCUGGCCAUUAUGGAUCGAAGCUCGGUGCCCAUGACCAGACUCAUAAGGUUACUGUGGUUGGGUCCGGCAAUUGGGGCUCCGCUAUCGCGAAGAUAGUAGCCGAGAAUACUCGAGCCCAUCCGGAGCUCUUUCAACCAGACGUUCAGAUGUGGGUGUACCAAGAGGAGCUCACAGUACCGCCAGCGUCGAAGAAAUACGACCCUUCCUCUCCUUACUCAACACAACCACAAAAGCUUACGGACCUGAUCAAUCACUUCCACGAAAACGUAAAGUAUCUACCUAAUAUCGCGCUUCCAGAAAAUCUUCACGCCAAUCCUUCCUUGCAAGAUAGCGUUAGAGACUCUUCGAUACUCGUCUUCAAUCUUCCACAUCAAUUUAUCAACAAGCUUUGCCAGGAUAUGAAAGGUGCGAUCGUUCCCUUCGCGCGAGGCAUCUCCUGCAUCAAAGGUGUCAAUGUUUCAAACGAGGAUAUCUCUCUGUUCUCGGAGUCGAUAGGCGAGGCAUUGGGAAUAUACUGCGGUGCUCUAAGUGGGGCGAACAUCGCCAAUGAAGUGGCCCUUGAGAAAUUCUCGGAAACGACCAUUGCGUACGACCCACCGUUCACCGACUCCAAGAACCCGACUCCCAACGAAGGAUCUACACCGAAGCAAGCUUCAACACCAAGGCAUGGCCUUGCACCUUUGACCAGACCAGAGGAUCUGGCGUCAGAAUUGAAUAAGCACACAGAUGCGAGGGGAAAGACGUCCAAGAUCAAACUGACUCCAACACCAUCUGAACUUCCGCCAAUUGAUCAUGACCUGAUCAAGACGCUUUUCCAUCGCCCUUACUUUCACGUGAACGUUAUUUCCGACGUGGCUGGCGUCUCUCUUGGAGGCGCAUUAAAGAAUAUUGUCGCGUUGACGGCAGGCUUCGUCUCUGGCUUGAAUUGGGGUGAUAAUGCCAAGGCUGCUAUGAUGCGUGUGGGCUUGCUGGAGAUGAGGAAGUUUGGGCAGAUGUUCUUCGAACAGACAGUCAAGGCGCAGACGUUUACGGAAGAGAGCUGUGGCGUAGCAGAUCUUAUUACGAGCUGCUCGGGUGGUAGAAAUUACCGAUGCGCGAAGAUGGCAGUGGAGAGGGGAGUGUCUGUGGAGAUCGUAGAAAAGGAGGAGCUCAACGGACAAAUACUGCAGGGUGUCGGUACAUGCAGGGAGCUACAUAUCGUGAAUAUUUCUCACGUUCCUGCUACCAUGGGCUACGAGCUGACUUUGUAUCUAGGUGUCUUACAGCAAGAAGCGAAAGUGGAAGACCUACCCGAUCUCAUUGACAAUCAAAGGCCGUAG